UUUCACUUCACUUCAUUUCUCUCUCGUCUCUGUCUCUGUCUUGUUCAUCUCUCUCGUUCUCUUUCUCUAGCCAUCGCCCGCCGUCCACCGCCCAACCGAUCUAAUCUAAGGCUCCCACUCUUAGCUGCUCAAUCUUAGGCUGCUCUCAAAUCCGCCGCACCACUCUCAUCCUCUCACUCUCUCUCGCAGCCCAGGCAGGUAAAGUAAACAACCCUAAAACUGAGAAAUUGCAUAAAAUACUUAGAAAUUGGUAUUCCCAAUUAUUAUUCUGUUGAUUCGUCUAAAUGGGUUGCCCCAAAGUUUGGAAAUUUAGCUUAAUAAUUAUCUGGGUAGUGUUUUGUUAUUUUGUGUAUUUAGCCAAAAUGUUCUUCCCACAAUGAUCUUCUAUUUUACUGAUUGGAUCUUAAAAGUAGCAUAGGGGUUCUUGUAAUUCUGAAGCCUUGUUUGCCUAGCUGUUUUGGUGUGUUUCUUUGUUUCGGUUUCCUUUGUUAUAGAGAUUGGUUAUUCUGUAUUUGUUUGGGUUUGUACAGACAAGGCAUUCCUUAUGCCAAAUUUUAAUAAAGCUUCUUCCUUUGCGGUUGCAAAAAAAGAAGACAUUAACGAAUUGGUUAUCCCAAAAGUUGUAGAUUUAGCUAACUAACAAUCUGGGCAGUGUCUGUUUGUUCAUGUGCAGAAUUGUUUUAGGUGUUGUGUGCAAAAAGAAAGUUGUAAUUGUAGGACAUUUUUCAUUGUAUAAGGUCGAGGAUGUCUACUUCACCUGCAAAAGCUAAUUGGAACCCUGCAUUCCAUAAAUUGUUUGUUGGGUUAUGUCUCCAAGAAGUGUUGAAGGUGAAUGAGCCUGGGGCGCGACUUAACAAGGAUGCUUGGAAGAACAUUGUUGAAUCUUUUUAUGUAAAGACUGGCGUGGAAUACGACAAAAAACAAUUCAAGAAUCACUAUGAUUCCACCAGGAAACUAUGGAAAGUCUGGGAUAAGCUGACCCGUGAUAGUAGCAUGAAAUGGGAUCCAAAAACUAAGAAGUUUGGUGCUUCUGAAGAUGACUGGUGCGAUUAUAUAAAGGCAAACCCAGAUGCUGCACAGUUUCAGUCUAAGGAAAUCCUCCAGUUUAAAGAUGAAUUGGAUAUCAUCUUCGAUGGAGAAAUGGCUGCUGAGGAAAUUAAAAACUCAAUACGUCUUAAGUGGCAGGAUAAUGCUUCAGCCAAAUCUUCUUUGCAUGGAAAAGGGCGCGGGAGGAAGCGCAAGUGUGUUGUUAGGGAUUAUGAAUUAGGUACUUCGGCUAUGGUUAAAUCUCCGCUAACUCCAAAAGCCUCAUGGACACCUGCAUUCCAUAAAAUAUUUGUUGAUUUAUGCCUUGAAGAAACUUUGAAGGGGAACAAGUCCGGGACACAUUUUACCAAGGAGGGCUGGAAGAAUGUUAUGGGAUACUUUCAUGCAAAGACUGGUGUGAAAUAUGACAAACGACAAAUUAAGAAUCACUAUGAUCAAACCAGAAAACAAUGGAAAAUCUGGGUUAAGUUGAUUGGCGAUGAUAUCAUGAAAUGGGACCCAGAAACCAAUACGUUUGGUGCUUCAGAGAAAGAAUGGCUUGAUUAUCUAAAGGAGAACCCAGAAGCUGCACAAUUCCGCUUUAAGGAAAUCCCAUUAUCAGACAAAUUGGAUAUCAUCUUUGGUGAUAGUAUACAAUCCGGGGAAGUGAAACCUUCAACUAGUAGUGAGAGACAGAAUGAUGAUUCAGAAGCUACUACAUCUCCUUUAUCUGAAGAGCGAGGGAAGAAACAUAAGAGCGUUAAUGAGGAUUUUGACUUUAAGAGUGCUAUUUUGGUUAAAGCUACACCGAUCAGUGCAAUUGCGAGUGAGCAAAGCAUAUCAUGCUCAUCAUUUACUAAGGUCAAAGCAAACUGGACCCCUUCAUUGCACAAGACCUUUAUUGAUCUAUGUCUGCAGGAGACAUUAAAUGGAAAUAAGCCUGGGACUCAUUUUACUAAGGAAGGUUGGAAGAAUAUUAUGGAUUCAUUUCAUUUGAAAUCUGGUUUGACUUAUGGCAGAUUACAAUUUAAGAAUCACUGGGAUAAUACCAAGGAUCAAUGGAAGAUUUGGUCUAAGCUUGUUUCCACUAGUUACAUGAAAUGGAAUCCAUCUAAGCAUACAUUUGAGGCUAGUGAAGAAAAUUGGACUAAAUAUUUAAAAGCAAACCCAGAAGCUGCCCCAUUUCGCUAUAGGGAACUACAAUUCACCGACGCAUUGGAUACCAUCUUUAAUGGUACUACUGUUACUGGGGAGACUGUACCUGCUUUGAAACAAAGGAAAAGUGAUGACAGCGUUAAUACUUUGCCUUUGAACGUAAAAGAACCAGAUGUAACCAGCUCGGAUGAGAAGACUGAAUAUCUUUGUGAUGCUGUUGCAUCAAGAAAUGGUGCGAGCAUUCAAAAGAAUGCCUUUGCAAUUUCUUCUGCUGAAGGCAAACGUAAUUAUAGUAUCGGUGAAUGCAUUGAAUGCCUUGAUGGAAUGGAAGAACUAGAGCAAGGAAGUGACCUCUAUUUGUUUGCUUUAGAUGUGUUCCUUAGGCCGGAACAUAGGGAAAUUUUUCUCCAGUUGAAAAAGCCUAAUCUGAGGAUCUCAUGGUUGCAGCGGCUUCAGUCUGUUGGUCAAUCUUCAGUCUAGCUUUUUGGCAUACUUUCAGCAUCACCACCACCUCCAUGAAGUUUUUUUUAAUUAAUAGUGCUGCAUAUAGUCAAGUGUUUAGGCAUUGGUCUGUUCCUUGCAUGAUGAUGAUAGUGGUAAGCGUACUUGGAAGCUUAGAAAUGUAUAUUUUCUCUUUCCUUCUCUUGUUCUGCAAUCCUCUUAAAUCUUAAUACUAUUUUUAUGUUAUUUCGUUGUACUCUACAAAUUUGUAUGCGGUUUUAACUGUCAGAUAUUCCAAUUUGUUUCUGUGGA